AUGUUCUACCCCCGCGACGCACCCCUGCUCAUGCGGCACACUACACCCUCACACCUCCCAGCCUCAACCGGCAGCGGCGACGACAUGCUCACUCCGGGUGAGGCAUCCGGUUCCGACCCCAACUGCCCUCCGACUCGCAGCGUCGGCCUCACCAAGCGCGUACGGCACCUCGAAGGCGAGAGACAGCGUGCAGCGGCUUCGCGCCGCACCGCACGUGAGGCCGAGGACGAGGCUCGUAUGCACCUCGGAUCACCCCUCAUGGUCCUCGCUGAUGGCUCUCACAAGACGCACUUUAAGCCCGCCGGUGGUUCCAGCUGCGCCUUCAAUGGCAAUCCCCCAACAUGCGACCGUCUUCGAGACCAAUCGUACGUACAGGCUCAGUAA